AUCAUUCAUCUGCCACAUGGUCCCUGCAACUUGUUUAUUACAAAAGAAACAACACACCAUCCGAUAUUGUAUGUAGUAAUAUAUUAAGAUAUAAUAAUACUGAUCACAUCUUCUUGUUAUGUUGUGUAUGUAUGGACUAAGUUGUUGACCAUUGCAAUAUCUCUCAUUCCCCGCUCUUCCCACUGUCACUUUCUUCUCUCUCUCUCCCCACUCGCGACGGUGUUCUUCUUCCUGGGUUUAAUCUUUGAUUCAGUUCUGCCAUGGUGGUGGAAGGAAGAAGUAGAAGUAGAAGUAGAAGUAGAUCCUUGCCCUCCUUUGAACUCACUCUCCUCUUACUCUCACUAUUCCUAUGUUUCUCCCACUCUCUCUCUGAUCCCGAUCUGUUAGAGGAGGAAACCGUCGCCAACUCCUCCGUAGCAUCUCUCAACGCUUCUUCUACUGGUAAGCCUAAGGAAGGCAGCUUCGCUGACAUCAUUGAUCGUGCUCUCGAGAAAGAGUUCAAUGAAAGCGACCAGACUGAAGUGGCUGAUCCUGGAAGCUUCAACAACAGUGUUGCUGGACAGCAGGCUGUUCUGGAGACUGUAGCCAGAGUAAAGUCAACAAAGAAAAACGAGACAAAAGAGGACAAGUACAAUAUUCAGUUUCUACUUCUUGUUGUCUCUCUAGAACUUUCUUAUAUGACAUUCUAUAAUGUUUCAAAGUGUUAUCUAAUUUUCCUCUUUAGGAGGUUUCAACUCCAUGAUGUUUUCAACUUGGACAAUGAUAACAGAGCUGAGGACACUCCAACUCUGAUUGAUCGAAAAGACAAUGUAUUCAUCAUAUCCAAUUUCAAAUCCAAGUAUCCAGUAUUGCAGCUAGACUUGAGAUUGAUAUCAGACUUGGUGGUUGUCAUUGUAUCAGCAACUUGUGGUGGUAUCGCCUUUGCUUGUGCUGGACAGCCGGUGAUAACUGGCUAUUUACUAGCAGGAUCUAUCAUCGGCCCUGGAGGUUUGAACUUCAUCAGUGAGAUGGUCCAGGUUGAAACAGUAGCUCAAUUUGGUGUGGUGUUUCUGCUCUUUGCAUUGGGUCUAGAGUUCUCCACUGCUAAGCUUCGAGUGGUUAGAUCAGUUGCUGUUCUUGGAGGCCUUCUUCAAAUUCUUCUUUUCAUGUUCUUGUGUGGAAUCACAGUGUCGUUAUGUGGUGGUAAACACUCAGAGGGAGUAUUUGUUGGAGCAUUUUUAUCAAUGUCAUCAACUGCUGUGGUGCUGAAGUUUCUCAUGGAAAAAAAUUCAACUAAUUCUAUUCAUGGCCAAGUUACUAUUGGAACCCUUAUUCUUCAGGAUUGUGCUGUGGGUUUGCUGUUUGCAUUGCUUCCAGUUCUUGGGGGAAACUCUGGUGUUCUUGAGGGAGUGUUGUCAAUGGCAAAAGUGGUGGUUGUGUUGCUUUCGUUUUUGGCUGUUUUGACAAUAUUAUCACGAACAUGUAUUCCUUGGUUGCUGAAGCUAAUGGUCAGCUUAUCAUCACAGACAAAUGAACUCUAUCAGUUAGCUGCUGUUGCGUUUUGCCUACUCGUAGCCUGGUGUAGUGAUAAGCUGGGGUUAAGUCUUGAACUAGGUUCUUUUGCCGCAGGGGUCAUGAUAUCAACUACGGAUCUCGCUGAACAUACGUUGGAGCAAAUAGAACCAAUCCGUAACUUAUUUGCUGCUCUUUUCCUAGCCAGCAUUGGGAUGUUGGUUAAUGUACAUUUUCUAUGGACACAUGUGGAUAUCCUGUUAGCUUCUGUAAUAUUAGUAAUCAUCAUAAAGACAACUAUAGUUACAACAGUUGUCAAGGGAUUUGGAUACAGCAACAAAACGGCUCUUCUGGUUGGAAUAUCUCUGGCUCAGAUAGGGGAGUUUGCCUUUGUACUACUCAGCCGUGCCUCCAAUCUUCACCUGAUCGAGGGGAAACUCUACUUGCUUCUCCUGGGGACAACCGCACUUAGCCUGGUUACAACACCUCUUGUGUUCAAAGUGAUACCAGCGGUUGUGCAUCUUGGAGUACUGUUAAGGUGGUUUUCUCCAGACACUGCUAUGGAGAAAGGAGAGAUAAUAAGAUCAGAGAGUGCUAAGCAACGGAUGAUACUGAUGUCACGCCAAUCCCACAACUCCUAAAACCACAAUGUUUCUUCUCAUGUAAAGUUCUGUCACACACAAAAAAUCUAUGUGGAACCCUAACAUUGUUUGCUUCCUGGAACCCACUAACCUCUGCCCUUUUUCACCAUUUGUUUCACUUGUAAUUAGUAUUGUUUUUUCUGUCCCUUCGUUGUAAUCUGUAAUGAAAAUAUUUUAUCAAUAUUCA